CUCUUCCAAGCUCUAGCUAUCUCAUCAGAUACCUUAGCAUAUAGCCAUAUAUACCCUUAAUUAAGGAUAAGAGCCAUGGCAUCCGGGAAGGUCCUCGUUCUUCUCUUGGGCAUCAACCUCCUCUUCUUCACGACGGCCAAUGCCUGCGGCUGCGCAUGCGGCAAAUGCCCGACCCCCACGCCCCCGGCCCUGCCGCCGCCGCCGCCGCCUCCAACCCCGACCCCGACUCCGUCGUCCCACGGCAAGUGCCCCGUGAACACGCUCAAGUUCGGCGCAUGCGCCGACGUGCUGGGCGCCAUCAGCGGCGAGGUCGGCCAGGUGCCGGCCGAGCCGUGCUGCAGCCUCAUCGACGGCCUCGCCGACCUCGAGGCCGCCGUCUGCCUCUGCACGGCGCUCAAGGCCAACGUGCUCGGCAUCGUCGUCAACAUCCCGGUGAAGCUGAGCCUCCUCGUCAACUACUGUGGCAAGGGAGGCUGGGAGGGGUCAAGCCGUCAAGGAUGGAGAAGAAAUGAGAGGGAAGAGACUGAUAGGGCGGGGCGCGCUGGCACGGUUGCUGGCUUUCUAUUGCUGGUGAUGAGGGCAUCACUCCUAUGGAUAUACACCAGGAUCCUCGUGAUGUUAUGCAAGGUCCAAUUAAUCGAGCUCGUGCACGGAAUUGAAUUUAUAGGAAUCAAGGAGAGGACCAUGAAACGCUUGAAGAUGGGCUAGGAGGUGAACAAAGGCCGACAUCUAGUUGGGGGCUCGAUUUAAUUCACGCUCAAGUCCAUCUCAGAGUCUAGGGCAACCAACACUAAAACGGUCGCCCGGGUCUCAUUCAGACUCCGUUUUGACAUUCUACCUAUGACAUUUUCAACCGAUUUAGUCUCACGUCGAGAUUCUUUCUAUAUUAACGACCGUCAAAAUAAGAUGUCGUUCAGAUUUUGACAGGGCGCUGCAUCGCCAUCUUUUGGGCCUUUGGAUCGUGUACCGAGUUGGAGUCUAACAGGGACACGUUCAAGGGUCCUUGGCCAGUAGACGUCAUUGAGUUAGGUUAGGUUUUACUUAGAUUAUUUCCGCCGUUGCAGUUUCACCGAUAGGUCAACUGUGGAACCCCAACUU